AUGGAUACCAAAGUUGUGAUAGUGGGCGACGGUGCCGUCGGUAAGACCAACUUCCUUCUCUCAGGAGUCAAUCAUAUCUUUCCCGAAGACUACAACCCAACAGUGGUCGAUAACUUUUCAACUGAAACGACCUAUAAAGAUAAAACAGUUGGACUGACCUUGUGGGAUACUGCUGGACAAGAAGACUUUGAUGAAUUGAGACCUCUUUCUUAUCCCGAUACACAUGUGUUUAUUAUUGGAUUUGAUGUGAGCAAUUCGACAAGUUUAGAAAAUAUCGAAGCAAAAUGGAUAAAAGAAGUUCGCACUCACUGUCCUAAUACGCCUGUCAUUCUUGUCGCUUUGAAAUGUGACUUACGAAACGAUCCUCGAAAAGGUACUGAAUGCAUCACUGAAGAACAAGCUAAAAAAGUUCAAGAAAGAAUUGGUGCAGUUUGCUAUAGAGAAUGUUCUGCAAAACAACAUAAGGGAAUUGAGGAAAUCUUUCAAUUGUGUGCUCAAAUUAAAUUAGAUCCAGAAUCGUUGGGAAUUAAAUCCCCAAAUUCGAAUUCUACAAAUGCUAAAAAGGAGAAUGAAAAGAAAGAUGAUAAGAAGAAUAAUAGCGGUGGUGGUGGAGGAUGUUUGGUUAUGUAA